CUAUAUAACAAGUAAUUUGAGUAAGAUGGUGAGGGAAAAAGCUUGACAUGUCCGAGGAUCAGAAACCUUCUGCAUUUGGGAAGCUUAAUCUUAAGGAUGCCACUAAUAAAGUCAAUGCAGAGGCUUUACGGCAAUUCACGAUAGAAGCUGAAGAUGACCAAGCACUGGAGCAAAGUGUGGGGGGUAGUGAGUCCCCAAGCGGUAAAAGGAAAAAGAAAGAAGCUGCAGCUGCAGCUGCUUUGGCUGCUGUGUCUGGUGAGGCUGCAGGACCUGAACAAGGUGAAACCGAAGAAGGAAAAGCCUCCACCGAAGAUGUGAAAGUCAACCUCGUCCCCACCCCACCUCAAACCCCAAAAGAUGGCUCUAGACCAUCGUCCUCCAGGAAAGCAAUUACACCCGUAGCAGCAGCAGUUGGAGGUGAAGAGGGCUCUACAGGGGGAAGUAAGCCAGCUGAGGCAGCAGACCAAGACAAGUCAAAAGAAACAACUGGCAAGACACCAGAAGAAAAGGCUACUGCUGAGAAAAAAGAUUCCGAUAAAUUGAAGGACAGUGAUAAAACUGUCAGUAAAACUUCAAUGACCGCAGAAAAAUUAAGCGAAGAAAAGCCUGGCGAAGAGAAGCCUGGUGAAGGGCAGUCUGGCGGGGAGAAUCCAAGUGAUAAUACAGCUAGUGCAGUGCCUACCAGUGGAGACAAGCCAAAUCAAACAAGCGGAGACAAAGGUGGAGAUGCAGCCGGAGAUGUUGAUGCUAAGAGUGGAGAGGCAGGAAAAGUAGGAGGUGGGAAAGCCAGUAGUGGGGAUGCAGAAGGUGGGGAAUUGGAAGCUAGUAGUGGAGAUGCAGGUGUCACUGGUGAAGGUGGAGAGGCGGGAAAAGAAGGUGGUAAAGAGGAUAAUGCUCCUGUAGCAGACACAGUGGUCACGAAGGAAGGGGCAGAUAAAUCUGAGUAUGAAACUGACAGCAACGCAUCAGUGGAUGAGGCAACAGAUGCUCCAAAGAAGUUGAGAAAGAAGAAGAAGAAGACCGAAGGAGCUACUGGUGAAGCUGCAGCCAAGGGUGAAUUAGGUACCGGUGGUGCAGUUGGUGCAGCUGGAGCAGCUGAAGGAGAGGGUGAAGUGGAAGCAGUGGUUACUGCUGAGAACGGCAAGAAGAGUGCCAUCGAUGAAAAGUAUCCCGAGAUGCUGGACUACAAUCCGGAUGACGAUGUUGACCCUGGUCCCGACCCCAACUUUUUCUACGACUUAGAACAGAUGUAUGCACGAGCCAAAACCUCGUCCGGCGAGGGAAGCACUCCCUCCAACUUCCUGACUCUCUUCCACUCCUUCGGUUACGAGUGUUUGAAGAGGGCAAACUUACACGUGCUUGAUGAAACGCACGUGCUAUUUUCAGCCGGUAAUUACAUCCAGAUUUUUAAUGUGGAUACCAAGAAGUUGACUUAUCUUCCCACUGUUGGAGGCAAGGGCAUCGGAUCUAUUGCUGUUCACCCGUCAAGGAAAUAUUUUGCUGUAGGAGAACAGGGAUUUGAACCAGAAAUCCUGAUUUUUGAAUACCCUUCCCUAAAACUGUACAGAAUAUGCCGAAAAGGAACAGAAAGAAGCUACGCUUUCCUCAGCUUUUCUCCAGAUGGUGCAAAGCUGGCUUCUCUUGGAUCAAGUCCUGAUUACAUGCUGACUAUUUGGGACUGGAAGAGGGAGAAAAUUAUCUUGAGAUCGAAAGCGCACGGACAGGACGUCUUUAGAGUGACAUUCUCAACUGAGAUAGAAGGACAGCUUACGACCGGGGGUCUGGGCCACAUCAAAUUUUGGAAAAUGGCAGCCACCUUUACUGGUCUCAAACUUCAGGGAGAACUGGGAAAAUAUGGCAGAACUGCUAUAAGUGAUAUUGAAGGUUAUGUCGAAUUGCCGGACGGAAAAGUAUUGUCCGGUUCUGAGUGGGGUAACAUGUUGCUCUGGGAUGGUGAUCUCAUCAAAUGUGAACUGUCUUCAACUGAAAACAAAAACUGUCACAAGGGUCAAAUUCAGGAGAUAUUUUUGGAUGAGGGCGAGCUUAUAACGGCAGGUGCUGAUGGAAGUGUGAAGAUUUGGGACUUUGAGACAAUAGACGGGGCCGACGUACUGGAGGAAGAUGCCAUGUUCCCGAUGGAGCCCAUGUCAGAGAUGCACGUUGGUGACGGAGUGAGCAUCAUCAGCAUGUGUAAAACAGUCACUGAAAAUAAUGAUACUAACUCUAUGUGGCUUGCCCAGGAUGCUUCUGGUGGAAUCUGGAGACUAGAUAUCUCAGUCUCUUUGACUAAGAAAGCCCCCGAACUUAUACAAUCCUACCACGCUGGUCCAGUAAGAGGGAUCGCCCCUUGUUCUUACACUCACAUGGCAGCAAGUAUGGGAGCUGACGGUACAGUAAGGGUGUUCGACUAUCUCAGGAAGCACACCCUCGUGCGCAAGAAGUACAAAUCGGGUGGUAGCUGUAUUUUGUGGCCCGGUCGAAAUGUUGACUCCAAAUGUGUCACACUGAUCGGUGGUUUUAGUGAUGGUGUGAUCAGAGUGAUGACAUUGGAUUAUGCUGAGCAGGAGUCGGAGUAUGAACUGAAAAUUUCCCUACAACAUGCACUGAAACCUCACAAGGGCGAGGUUACAGCUAUGAUAAUUGAUGAUGAAGGUAAAACGUUGGUAACAGGAUCAAAAGAUGACUGCACCCUAUUUUUCUUCGACAUAACUUCCAACUAUCUGCCGAUCGGUUUCAUGAAGCUGGAAGCCCCUGUUACAACUAUGGCGUGGUCGAAUUCCUCCAUGAUAUUCGGGCGUAAGGAUCCACGCCCUAUAAAGCGAGUGUUGGUUGGUCUUAGUAGUGGGGUAGUACUCGAAGUGGAGUGUCCGGAUUCAGGAGAGGUGGAUAGCUCGGUGACCUACGAGAUACAGCCCGGAUCAAAAAUUAAUCGAUACGAGUUCAAGAGCAUAGGGUACAAGAUCAAGAAAGCUGCCCACGAAAUGGUAAAAAUUAAGAAAGAGGAAGAACAGCAGAAGCGGCUUGAUAAGAUUAUGGUAGACGAGGGGGAGGAAGCUUAUCUGGAAGAAAAGAAAGCGAUUGAAGAUACAAACUCGGCGGAAGAAGACCCCGUUUUUGAGCCACCAACUGUUUCCAACCAGAUUAUCAAAAUAUUCCCCUAUGAGGACAGAUUUUACCUUUCUCUGGACGGAACAGAUACGGGUGCGCUGUACGAGUGCACUUUCAACGACCCUCUCGCAGACAUGCCUACACCUCCUUCUAUGAGAGGGAGAUGGGUGAGGUUGAAUGGAGAACCCCUCAGGGUCAUUGAUAUGGAUACUGAUAUUGAAAUCCACGAGAUUAACCUCAUGCAAGAUGGCAGUAACGUAAUGGUAGGAAUGGGAGAUGGUACCAUCAGGAUACACAAGAAGUUGGAGGGUAGUGGUCUCCAGAUGGGCCCUCCCUUUACUUUACCUGCUCAUUCUUCUGGCAGUGUUAACGGCAUUAUGACCUCAUUCGAUACAAGGUUCCUAAUUUCUGGUGGUAACGACGGUAACCUGUUCGUGUACAAAGUAAACCACGCUGGAGUAGAACUCUCACUUCCCUCUCCCUCCGACAGCCUACUGAAAUCUAAGGUCAAGGAGGAAAUCACCGGACCACCUGUUGAUGAUAUUGACGACUUGAAGGCGUACAGUAUCGAGGAAGCGAAACAGAAGCGAGAGCACGAAAAGAUGCUAAAGACAGCAGAGGACAAGAAGAUCAAAGUCAGGAAAACUAUCGCUACCUUGAGGUCCAAGUUCAAGAAACUCAAGGUGGUCAACAAGGACCUGCCCAAACACUUAACUCUGCUGGCUAAUGACUUCUCAAUGGAUCCACAGAUGGGCUCCAUUAUAGCCCAGGAGGUUUCAGACUCGAAGGAUCUCAUUAGAAAACAGCUAGCCUGGAACUCUGAGAAACACAGGAUAGAAUUGAUGAAGCUGAGGAAGAGGUUCAAGGAUGUGGUAGCAACAGACAGGAUUGUGCUCCACGCGGUGGAGUCAGACCAUUUAGUAUCCACGUUCAGGUGCGCUAAACCGUCUGAGGCGAUGCAACAAGCACUGGAUGAUUUCCACAAGAAGUUGGCUGCCGACAGCAAUGGAGCUCCUGGAUCCAGGGGCUCUGACGCUAGGAGGAUAUCCACUAUGGCCCGACAGAUUGAAGUCAGCGAACCCAAGACGCCCUCCUCACAGGGAUUGGGUUUCGUGAGGAAGAAUACAGAAUUGGAUAUGCACGGACCCUCAGCGGUGGUAGGUUCCAAGGGAGGUAAAAAACUGAAGGACGCAAAAGCAAACAAGAGCUUGCAGAAGGCAGAGGAAAGGAAGAGUAAGCGGUUGCAGAGAGAAUUAGCGUGGAAGAACUUGUCCUCACGCAAGCCCUCUGAGAACUAUGAAGAUCCCCAAAUGUUGGCAGCAAUCGAGGACGCCAAAAACAACAUGGGAGACUUCAACUUGAAGACGGCUAAAAACUACAAGGUUCCUGAGUCCCAGCGACAGGGUGGCACAUUCAAGCGAGCUCAACUUUUAGAACUCAGAAGAAUGAUUUACAUGACAAAAAUGAACUUCAAUGAGCGUCUAUUAGCACUACGAGACAGAAAACAGAAGAUGAUCACCGAGGCAGAGGAUUGGAGUGGGAGGUUGGACACGAUCCAGGCUAAACUACCAGCAGGGUCUAUAAUGGCUAAGCCCAAAGUUCCCGUACUUCUUGAUGAUGAGUUACCAGAGAGGGCGAUGGAAUACACUCCUGAAUCCUUGCGAGAGUUCAAGAUUCGUCACGAUGAAGAAAAAAAGCGUGGGCCAGCUGACGAAGGAGGAUUUGGAGGAUUUGGUGGGUUUGGGGACUCUCCCCCUGCACCAACCGCCGCUGAGACUAAAGCGGCAGCUCCUGUAGCCAAACAAGCAGCUGCUCCUGCCGCCGCAGCUGGAGACAAGGGAGGUGAAGGAGGGACAGAAGCAGAAGAAGCAGAGCUAGAGGAUUUGGUAUCAACCCUCGAGAACGAGAACGAAAAUCUUGAGAUCAUGAUGAUGCUUCACGAGCAGGAGUGCCUGAUUAGUCAGAUGAACGAAGCGUACAAAGAGUUUGAUAAAGAAGUUGUUAAGCUGAGAACAGCUAAGAUUGAGUUGGAUGUUGAGUUGAAGAACGGUGACCUGAGGAUAAUCCUGUUGUUUGAAGAGCUGCUGCUCUUGAAGGAGUUUGAGAAAAGAGAAAACAUCUUGCAGGAGGCUUUGUCUUCCAAGUUGUCCGACAGGGACGAGAUGUCAGAUAAGAUCGAGGAGCUAGAAGAAAAGCUUAGCAGCAAGAAAUUGUACAUGGAAGAGCUGCAAGAAAACGAGAAGAUCCUGUACGACAGUUUCACUGAACAACUGGGCGAAAACAACAAGUUCGCUGACUAUCUCACGAAAGUUUUCAAGAAGAAGAUCAAGAGAGUAAAAAAGGCAGCCGAGAUGGAUGGAGACUCGGAUGAGAGUGACAGUGACGAUGACUUUGAUUCCAGUUCCGAAGAGGAAGAUGACGAUGAGGAUGGCGUGGAGCAUCUAGACCUAAACAUCUGUCCUCCUGGCUGCAGCCAAGAACUGUACGAUGCUACGAUAGUGAUGAGAGAAAAGAAACUAGACUUGGAGGAGGCAAUUCAAGAAGAGAAGAAGAUAAUAGACUCCCUGAGAAAGGAGGUUGAUGCCCUGGUGAAGAAGAACAAAGUGAUCAGUCAUGGUGUGAAGUGUGCGAAGAAUGAUCUGGAAGCCUUCCAAUUGGAGAAGCAGAAGAAAAUGAAUGAAUUGGAUAUCGUUGUUACCUUGAACUUAGAUCAGAUCCAGUACAUGCAAAACGGAGUGCUACCCAGCGACCUGGUCUCCUGUCUGGUAUUCCACUCUGCGGGGGUCAACCAGCUCGCUAGCAGGAUCAAGGAGCUUCAGCAGGAGAAGGCUCAUCAGAUCCGCAAGUUCAAGGAGCUGAAGAAAUCACACAUCCACUUGAUAAAGGGAAAGAAGGGAAUGCAGGAGAAACUUCUAGGACUUGAUGAGAAAUGUCAGAACAUGAUGCUUCUCAAGUUCGGAAGAGAGGUAGAUCUAAAGAAACUAGAGAACAUCUCUACCAAUCGCAUAGCUGAAGAGUUGAAGGAAACUAUCGCUAAGAAGGAUGUCAAGUACUCCAGAAAACUCAACGAGUGGGAUGUUCAGAUAAACCAAGCAAAACAGCGUCUGCUGACAGCAACACGUGACCACACUAGCCAUCUGGACAUUCUGAACGAGCUGACCAAGGACAAGCAGGACCUAGAGAGUGUGUUGGAUAGUAAACAGAAGAACCUUGGUGGGGAGUACUCAGGGCAACGCAAAGCCGAUCUCAAGGAGAGACAGAGACUUCUACAGCUUGUUCAGUUGCAAGCGCAAGAGAUCGACGCUCUGAAGGACGAAAUCGGUAUCUUGUCACGAAAAGACGGCCACAUUUUACCGCCAACCCAGACGGCAGUCCCUCCUUUACCGCCAAUCGGAGGACGGUGCUAAGAGAAUAGUGAUAUUUGGUAAAAACUCUCCUUUGAGGAGGAUUGCUUUUGAAGAUUAAAUCAGAAGACAGAAUUUGAAGACCCAAAAAUGAAACUGUCGAUAGUAGAAUGAAUUGAAAGUACAUUUUUGAGAUCAGGACAUUUUAUUUAAUUUGAUUAAUAAUAGAGUUUUAUGAUGUAUCAUAGAUUGUAAAUACAAGAAAGCCUUUCUUAGAGUUAUAAACCUUUGGCUUGAUGAAGAACCAAGCAGCCUUUUAUAAUCAGACUUCUUUUCUCUCCGAAGUUUUUCUGUGAAACUUUUUCAGCUCACUUCUAAAUGAACAAUGAAAACCUGCCGCAAUGUUGUACAUAAUAGUAUGCUGAGACCUUUUUAUUUUGUAAACAAA